CUAACGGACAAGGAAGGUCGCCAUCCAAACAAACGUUUAUUCAGGCAAAGAUGAGCUCAGCUGGCAGAAACAUCUGCUUUCUUUAACCUCUACCUUGUUUUUCGUGGUUGUGACAACGAUGGAGCUGCUGUGGGAUGACGACCCGGUCCCCGACGGUCCCUUCUUCACCAGAGACGUCUACGACAAAUAUUCGCUCAUGCCACAUAUCAGAGAACUUUGGGCCUUUCUUCAAAGUCCUGCAGAAAACGCCGACGGUAAGCGAGGGGGCGAGGAGGCUGCAGAAGGCAACAGCUGUAGCAGUGAUGAUCCAUCUGCGGGCGACGGUGCUGAGGAACCACAGAAGAAGAAAAGAGGCAGACCCAAGAAAAAGACUGAGACGGAGGUGGAUGUUGCUUUUCCUGAACCCAGGCUGCCCUAUCCCUGCAUGUCCAGCCUGUCCAGCAAAGACCAGAAAACCUACGUGGGUUAUUUGAUGAGUACCAAGACCAGGAAUCCUCCCAAGAACCUAACACUGCGAAUAAACAAUGAAGUGAUGCAGUUCACCCAGUACCUGCAGGAUGUUGCUAAAGUAUGUGCUGAUGACUACAACUUCAUAACACAAGACGCUCUGCAGUACACAGAGGAGUUCUUUAGGGCGUGUCUGGAGGCCGCUAAGGAGCUUCCCCAGUUCUACCGGCUCCACGAAAUGACCAGUUUGACAGGAGGGACGUUUGACCCGGGGCUGGCGCUGACGUUUGAGAAGCAGCUGCUGACACUGGGCACUGCGGAUAUAACCGACCACAAGAUUGUUCCCGCUGAUGCGCAGCUUGCAUCCGAUUAUCACAGUGUUUCAUCAGCGAAUCCUCCAGCGAAGAAAGCCAAGGACAAGCGUGCUAUGAUCAGUAGUGAUGGAAAUGUGGAAAAACUGUGCGCCUAUUAUGAGCCUCAUGUCUGUCUGACCCGAGAUGCCUUGGUCAGGCUGCUGGACAAUCAAGGCCCUGACUUUGGGGACCAAUGGGAACUGCCUGUUUGGGUAAAGGUAACGGCAGGCAAAGGCAGCAUUAAAAGGAAGACUGUGUACAUAGACCCACCUCUCCUGAAAUGUGAAGUGACGGUGAGAGAGAGGAGUCACAUCUAUCACGAGGAAAGUUUGAAGCUGUCCAUCAUGAAAACAGGAAGUAAAAAAGUUUUCCACUUAAUGACGGAGCGGCCCUCACAUGAGCGCCGGAUCUCACAGGAGGCCUCCAUCAGAGGUUGUGUGUCUAUGGAGAGUAAUGGCCUUGACUUUGAGGUGGACCUGACUGACCUGGAGACUUUUGGAGAAACUACGUCUAAGGCAUCCCAGAUAAAAAAGGCAAAUGGUCAGCAGGAGGAAGGGAUUCCCAGCGGUGGAGCUGCGAGUGCCCCUAAAGCUGUCAGCGGUUCACGGGAAGAGAUUGGCAGCGCUUCAAAAACCACGGAAACGGAACCAAGUAAGCUGCUUGUGAGCGAGGCGGAGUCACCAAAGACUGCAUCGGCGGGCUCUCACCAGAAACCGGAUGAAGAGCAGGUUUAUACGGCCGACUCAGAUGAGGAGAAGCUGAUCAUUGAUGAUUCUGGCCCUCCAGCAGCAUCACCUACGACAACAUGCUCCACAGAGCCCCUAGCUGCAUCUCCCGUUAAAUCCUCCCCUGCCGAUACGGACUCCUCCCCGCCUUCUAAGGGUACGAGGUCCAAACGAACCCCUAGGCGGGCGAAAGCCCCUGGGGAUCAACUGGGCGAGAUCCUGCGCAUGCAAACAGCCAUGUUCAAGUCCGGCAGUGAAUCAGCAGCUGCCAUGAAGUCCCCCAGCCGCUGCGUGGGGCCCCAGCCGACCCCCCAUCCAACCUCGCUGGUUAAACCGUGUGUGUCCUCAUAUCUGGAGAGACAUCAGAACGAGGACGGCGAGGUCCGGGCCGUUCCUCCUGAAUCCGUGUUCCUGAACGUCCAUCCUACAGAGCACAAACAAAUACUUUCAGAAAACCUUCGGGCCUGUGCCGAAGACGAGCAAGACUACGAGGCUCCGGCCGAGGGGAACCUGCUCUACAAGCUCUACAGUCUGCAGGAGCUGUUGGUGAUGGUGCGCAGCUCUGUGUCUCUGACCCAUUCAAGAAAUGUAGGCAACAACCAGAACCAGUUUGUGCCGGUGCAUGUUCUGCCCAAGCUGGAGUACCAGCUCUCUUACGGCGUUGAAUGCCUAACCAGCAGCGAGGCCUGCCAGCUGUGGACGGAGGCGUCGCUUCACUCCAGCACAGUGUCUUACGUUGCUCACAUCAACGCUCACACAUCUAAAGUCGCCAUGCUGAGAAAGCUGCCCGAGGACUGGAUGGAGAACAUCUCCUGCGGCUUCAAACCUUCCAAAUCUUUGAAUAUUCUGCACCACCUACUGAAAAAGCUAACCGGGUUGGACGAAGGUCAGUACCUGAUGGUGCACAAAGCCGGGGAGCCAUUUGUGACUCUGCUAAAAGCAGCAGAUGGAAAAGUGAGCCAGGGAGCUUACAACCUGCAGCAGGUCCACAGCUCUGUUCCUCAGCCCCCAAGUGUGUGCCUUGUGCCUUGGAUACCUGUUGAUCCGGCUGUGGUCCUGCCGUUCCACCAGCAACACGGCAGAGUUCCCUGCACCUUUCCUCCAAAAACCUUUCAAAAGACAACAGAAGAUGGAGAAGGCAACCGCCGAGGUGGUCAGAAGAAGAGCCAGAGUGUCCAGAAGAACAACAAAAAAUCUAAGCGUUCAUCUAAACGCAACAGAUAUAUAAAAAAGCUUGUCCAGAAGUCUACUUAAAAGGCCUCCUUGUGUGAUCUAAAUCCUUUCAUUUCAUGCUCAGGUUAGUCUUCUCUGCCAGUGUUACUGCAGCUAGAAAGAAGGAAAGGGAGGAAUGGAUUCUUGCUAAAUGCUUUUAAACAAUAAUAGCAAUAACAGGGCACCUUCAUUGUAUAAUAAAGCGUUCUUUAUAUUUGUUGACAUUUUCUAUGUGUUGUCGUGCAAAACCGAUGUUUUGUAAAACCAAAAUAAAACUUAAAAUGUCCAUGCUGUGUGA